AUGGCAUCCGAAGCCCCCAAGGACCUCCCCGCGCGUCCUGCCGCCGAAGCGCAGGCCAACAACGCUUCUGAAGCCCCUGCUGCCCCGCCGAAAGAUGCGAACGCGAAAUCCAAGCAGGCCCCGAGCCCCGAUGUUCUCCCAGAGGUCAUGAUCGAGCGUAACAACCUGUUCGAGGAACUCUGGCAACAGUCCCUCGAGGAUAUCAAGAACCGCCCUCACCCCGAGAUCAACGUCAAACUCGAUAUUGGCGAUGGCAAUGUCCCGCAUUCGGUUCCCGCCAAAGCCUUCGAGACCACCCCUGGCUCGUUCUUGCGCGAUGUUCCCAAGGAUCUGAGCGCCAACAUCGUUAUUGCCAAGGUUGAUGGAGAGUUGUGGGAUCUCAAUCGGGCACUGGAGAAGGACUGCGAGGUCGCCCUGCUGCCUUUCAGCAACCCCGAGGCCCGUGAGGUCUUCUGGCACUCCAGUGCUCACUGCUUGGGAGAAGCAUGCGAGUGUGAAUAUGGAUGUCUUCUCUCUCACGGUCCCCCUACUGCUCAGGGUUUCUUCUACGAUAUGGCAAUGCCUGAUGGACGUGUCGUUCGUGAGACUGACUGGAAGGCGCUUGACACCAAGGCCUCGCGCAUCUUCAAGGAGAAGCAAAGCUUCGACCGAUUGGAGGUUUCCAAGGAGAACCUCAAGAAGAUGUUCGCCUACAGCAAGUACAAGCUUCACUACAUUGACAAGCUUGUGACUGGAGAGAGCAGCACUGUCUACCGCUGCGGUACCUUGGUCGAUCUGUGCCGAGGCCCCCACAUCCAGAACACCGGAAAGAUAAAGACAUUUAAGAUCAUGCAGAACUCCUCUGCCUAUUUCCUCGGUGAUCAAAGCAACGAUUCUUUGCAGCGUAUCCGUGGUGUUGCUUUCCCUGACAAGAAGCUUAUGGCCGAGCACCUCAAGUUCCUGGAAGAGGCUGAGAAGCGUAACCACUUGAAAAUCGGAAAAGAACAAGAACUUUUCUUCUUCGAUGAGUUGUCUCCAGGGGCGCCCUUCCUGCUUCCCAACGGAACCAAGAUCUUCAACCAAAUCCAGAAACUCCUGCGCACUGAGUAUCGCAAGCGUGGCUACCAAGAGGUCCAGACCCCCAACAUGUACGAUGUCAACCUUUGGAAAACCUCUGGCCACUGGCAGCAUUACAAGGAAGACAUGUUCUCACUUGCGAAUAGCUCUGGCGGCUGCUGUGGCCAUACUAAUGAGCCCGCCACCGAACAGGCUGCCACCGACAAGGCUGCCACCGAUAAAGCCGACAAGGGUGAAAGAACUUACGCCUUGAAGCCCAUGAACUGUCCUGGACACUUCCUUCUCUUCGGCCACCGUGAGCGUAGUUACCGUGAACUUCCCAUGCGUAUCGCCGAUUUUGGUGUUCUCCAUCGCAACGAAGCUUCCGGGGCACUUAGUGGCCUCACACGCGUCCGUCGCUUCCAACAAGACGACUCGCAUCUCAUCCUGCGUCCUUCGCAGAUUAUGUCGGAGGUGGAGGGGUUGUUCGACUUCUUGGGGGCGAUUUACGGGUUGUUUGGCUUCAGCUUCAAGUUAAAGUUGUCCACUCGCCCCGAGAAAUACAUGGGUUCGAUUGAAACGUGGGACCAGGCCGAGGAGCAGCUCAAGCAGGCUCUCACAAAGUUCUGUGGCAACGAUUGGAUUUUGAAUCCCGGCGAUGGUGCCUUCUAUGGUCCCAAGAUUGAUAUCACGAUUGAGGAUGCUCUGAAGCGUGAGUUCCAGUGUGCUACCAUUCAGCUCGACUACCAGGCUCCUAUCAACUUCAAGCUGGAGUACAUGACGAACGAGCACAGCCAAUCGGCGCAAAGUCAGGCCAAGGAGGGCGAGGCCAAGGGUGACGGGCCCGGUCCUGGUCGUGAGCGUCCUGUGGUCAUUCACCGUGCCAUUAUCGGCAGUUUCGAGCGAUUCCUGGGUAUCUUGAUUGAACACUUUGGUGGCAAGUGGCCGUUCUGGCUCAGUCCGCGCCAGAUUCUUAUUGUCCCUGUCAUGCCCGCUGUGAACGACUACGUUGAGGAAUUGCAGCAGUUGUUGCGUGGAGACAAGCUCAACGUCGAUAUCGAUAUUAGUGGAAACACUAUGCAGAAGAAGAUUCGCACCGGUCAGCUGGCUCAGUACAACUUCAUCUUUGUUGUUGGUGCAUCUGAGAAGGAAUCCCGCACUGUUAACAUCCGCAACCGCGAUGACCCAGCCACUCAGAAACAGGGAGUCAUGGUCUCCCUUGAGGAUGUGCGCCCCAAGCUCAAGGCUCUACGCAAGGAGCGUCGCCUGGAGAAUGCUUUGUAG